AGCUGAUAGUGAGUGCAGCAGUAGAAAGUCCAGAUAAACAGCAGUAAAUUUCUGUUUUGACACGCUGAGUCGUCCCUCAGUGUCCGUGUAAGCUCAGCGAGAGCAAACAGAGGAAUGUUAACAGGAAGUGGAAGAAACUGCUGGUAUCUGGAAGUACUCAGGAGUGAGUGGAAGUAGUCGUCUCUCAACCACAACAAAGAGUGAAAUAUGGGCAGUGAGUACCAACCACUGUCUGCAGCAGAGUCAUGCAGAAGUUUAUUCAUAGAGACGUCAGAGUGCUUUAUAUGCAGGGAUGUUGAACUUCAAGCCAGUGACCCACUGAGGAAUUUCUGCGACUGCAAGAAUUUACUUGCCCAUCACGUGUGUCUGUCCACGUGGAUCCAGAAGGGAAGUGGGAGUGAAGACAGGCUGCGCUGCAUUAUCUGCAAAGCCAAGUACCAGCUCCAGAGGAGUUCUCCGUGGCGGUCGGUGAGCUUUCAAUGGCAAACGUGGCUUGUGUCGAUCACUGCGUUGGUUCUGCUGGCUCUGGUACCUUAUGCUGUUUACUGCAUGAUGACCGCCUUCACCGACCCUCCUCCUCCCAGCACCUUUAAAGUGGCGGCCGCCUCUUUUGGCCUGCUGACGGAAAUCCUGCUGAUCAAGUGUCUGUGCAGCUACCUCAGCAGUCGUUACCGGCAGGCUGAGCAGAGCUCCUUCACAGUCCGGGCCAGAGGCUUCGACGAGGACAGAGCAAGCGUGGCCCGCUGGGAUCGGUCUGAGGCCUCAGCAGCGGCAGGUCAAGCUUCAUCGGCGGCCUCACCCAGUCAAGUGGACGAAAGGAAAGUGGAUAUGCUGAAGAGUGGAUGUCUCAGCUUUUUCUGAACCACUAACAGAAGGAGUUUACAGAAUGCAGAGUGAGAGUAAAUCCUAUGGGUAUUCAAGAUAUCAGUUUAUCAGCGUGGCGUUUAUGAGAUUUUACAAUUUAAAACCUUUUUUUCUGAGGUGUCAAAUAUUCUUGUUUUCCUCUAUGUCAAACGCUUACCCUCUUUAUUCAGCGGGUACAUUCUCACUUUUUGCAAAUUGAUCAUAAGGAAGCUAAUGCACGCAGCGUGCAUGAGUGUGUUCAGGCUCAGGGAGAAAAAAAGAGCCUGAAAUCACUCUCGUUCCUUAAUGAUGUCCACACAGAGACAAUGGGGCGCCGCUCUGAUUAGUGUCACCUGUCCUUGUGCAUCUCAUCAGCUCCAUUAUGGCUCCAGCUCCCAUGCUUCUUCUGCUAAUUGAAUAGCCUGUGAAGUGGUGACGAGGACGGGGGCGAGAGCAGCGUCUGUCCCGCUGCUGCUUCAGAAAUGAGAGUGAAGCUUCCCAGUGAGACACCACUGUAGUUCUUAAAACAUGAACCAUUAUCAUACAGAUGGAAAAAGUGCUAACAAGCAGCCCUCAUGUUAUAUUACUGUCAUAUCAUCUAUGGAUUAUCUUCAUAUCUAACAUCUUACAAUUAGCAUCGACUGUAGGUUUUUGAAGAGAAGCAUUUCUGCACUACACAUUUCGUCAGUUUAUCAGACAGAGGUUCAUAGUGGACGUAGCCAUAAAACACUCAUCAUCUUUCAGUAGCUGCACACGGCAACUUAAGUAUGGUUUGACAUUUUUGUACAUUUAUUUGCAUUCUUACCAAAAAACUGAAGGAAGAAAUUGCUCAGCUUUGCUGACUAAGACUGGACAUGGGAAAAAAUUAGCCCAGCAACUCCUUGGGCCCUGACACACCAAACCGACUUCAGAGAACUAGCAGUGAAGCCCCCUUGCUGCGUUGCCUCACGUUGCCUUUGUCCUGGCCAAAAAAGUUGCACAUGAACACACCAAAGACUCAACCGAGGGUCAACCAGCAUGUACAUUCUGUGCUUACAUGAGAGGAAAUAACUCUCCAUACAAGCAGUCAUCUGUAUUCAUGAUUCAAAAAGGGAAACUGGAAAACCGUCUUUAUGCUAGUUAGCCAGUUAACACAUGUACAACACAAUGUAGUGUUGAAAGAACAAAGCACAUUAACCGUGUGCCUGUGAACAAUAAGACAAACCAUCAGGAAACGUUUCUGCUACAUAACCAAAUCGAUAAAGAAAAAUAAACUGACCCUAUAUAACAAGUUUGUUUUUGUCCCAGUCCCUCUGGAUUUAGCUCUUUGUUUACUUUCCUCACUUAAGUUUCUCAUCUUGUGCACUGACCUGAACUGAUAAUCAGACAGAUUUCCUUUAAAAUAGGAAACUAGAAAAUGCAGUGUAAGGAUAAGGCUGGUGUUAUUCUGUAGUAUAAGUAUUGUCAACAAAUCCCAUAAAAAGACGAUGUAAGAUUUAUUCAGUGACCGGGCUCUGCCGCUGAUUCUGUGCUCACCUGCCACUUGUAUGUCUGAGUCUGUAUCUUUUGAGUUCCUUGUUAAAUGUAAAUUAAUGUUUAUUCACUGGGAGAAUUCACAGAAUCACAAUCCAUGUGAGGCUCUGAUAUCAGACCACAGUGUUACUCACCAUUAGACCUUUAUCAUACACAUUUCCUGGCUUGACUUUGUUUGACUCAGAGCAUCAGUCCAGCGCAGCAGGGAUUUGCAUCUUCAGGGCUACCUGCCUGAAGGUGUGUCUUAAACUGAUGACACACUUGUCUUGAGUCGGUGUUGUUUUAAAGCUCCCUGGCUGUGCAGCGGUUGUUGGUAGCCAGCUACUUAUCAUCAUGGAUUUUCUGGCUGUUGUUACAAUGAAGUGUCCGCCAUGUCCGACAAUAACAGCGGAGGCUAUUUGAACAUGUCGCUGAAUUGUUGCUGAAUGUUUAUGAAGCCCAUCUGACAUCACUGCAACCUGUUUUGAGUGGGUCUGACACGACUCUGGCCCCAUCUCUCGCCCCAUUUAAACUGGCAAUGAAAACUCAAAUGAACGCAGCCAAAAGUGCCAAUGAAAUCAACCUACUCUUGUUCAAGUAUAAGCAGGGUUGGAAAUCAGCACCAGCCAAAAAAAAACACAAUGGUAAUCUAUUGAGUGGCUUGUAGAUUUUGGAAUCCACCAGCCAUUUUGUAUAACCACUUCUUGUUAGGGGUCGCAGGUGUCUAUCCCACCUAUCCCAGCUGACAUAGGGUGAGAGGCAGGGUACACCCUGGACAGGUCACCAGACUAUCACAGGGCUGACACAUAGAGACAGACAACCAUUCACACUCACAUUCACACCUACGGCCAGUUUAGAGUCACCAAUUAACCUGCAUGUCUUUGGACUGUGGGAGGAAGCCAGAGCUCUCUUGGUGUAAGGCAACAACGCUGACCACUGCAGCACCGUGCCGCCCACACUAGUGACAUGAGUAAAACCCAUCACCAAAGUAUUUUGUAGUAAAUAUGGUCUAAGGAAUGUAUAGAGGAACUGAGACUCUGUCUAGAGAGAAUAGUUUGGGAUAUUUUCUUUGAAUCCUGCAUCAAAAUCACACUAUUUUUAUUCUAAUAUGAAGUUGUGUGAGGGUGAUGUGUGUAAAACAAAAACUGUGAUAAUCCUCCCAACUACAACCCUGUGGUAUAAAAACAACUGAAAGGAAGUCUUAAUGAAAAGAAAAUGGCCUUUUAUUGUGGUGUCACUGGAUUCUCUGAGAAAAAAGAGACAACUAAGAGAAAAAUAAGAUUGAAAUCUUCAACAGUUAACAUAAAACAAGCACAGGAAUGCUUAAAUGCGCUACUGGGGGUGGCCAGAGAGAAGGAAGAAUGCUCUGUCAGUAACUUUGCUAAUGAGCUAAAUGUUUAUUACAGUAGAUUUGACUGUGUGGUGCCUGUGUGUGACUGUGUGAAGCCAAAAAAGGCCACCGGCCCAGACGGACCACAGGCACAUGUCCUUAAAGACCCAAUUAAAGGGAGUCUUUACAAGGUUAUUCCAGUACUUGUUAAACACACGCACAGCGCCUAAACCAGGGAAACUCUCAGUCAUUAAGUCUGUGCCCAAAAAAGCCAAAAGCAAGUCUGACUUUUGACCAAUAGCCGUCUUUUUGUGAAACCACAGAGUUCCAGCUAACUUCCUCUGUGGUACAGACGAUGCACUGCUUUGUUUAAUAUCAUUAAUAAGCAUCUUUUAUUUGUGGAUUUUGUGAAGCUGAUUACUCCGAGUCUGACGGGCUCGCUGUCGGUACAGGUGCUGUUGAAGGAUGUGUUCUGUCCCCUGUACUGCUCAUCCUAUACACAAAUUAAUUCGAGAUCAAAGAGCAGAGUUGAGCUCCUGCGAUUAUGCAGAUGACCUCAGUUGGCCUUUGUGAAGUGAAGCUGACUGUUUGGCCCAAACACACUUUCUUCAUACAGGCGUGGUGCAGAAGUAGCAAUUUGAAGAUGAGUGUUGAUAAGAUUAAGGAUAUGUUCGUUUGUGCCAAGCAGGAUUUCACAACAGAGCCUGAUGGGUUUGACAGCCAACUUGUUGAAACUGUUAAAAGUUUCAGAUGUCUUGGCUCAGUCCUGGACAACCAGCUGAACCUCUCUGAAAAAUAUUAACUGUUUUCAACAGAAGAACACAAAUGGCUUCUUCUUCUCGGGAGAUUUUUGAGUUUUGAGUGUUAGAAAUUGUUUCCAAAACUCUUAGGUCUUCGGUCACCUGAACUGCAGGCUCAGGAAUAAUCUGGCUAGAGUAGUCGUCUUUGCCAGCAAAACAACUGGGAAGCCCUUAACAAAUGAGUGAGCUUUACACCGUCAGAACAAGAGAUAAAGCCUUCAAGGGAAACUUUGAUAGUUUACAACCUGGACCAGAUUUUCUCAUGUUUGUAUGUUGUAAGUCCAGUUCAAUCCAAAGAUUGGCGACAAGAAGAAACAGUUUUAGAAAGUUGCAGUGGUGUGAACUCAUCGCGGUGACUUGCUGUGAACCGGCAGGUUUUUAGAACGUUGCAGAACAGAGCGUUGCAAGUAGUUGCCUGUUUCAGCUCGACUCGUCGUGAAUCUUUAGUCUGAACUGCCACAAGUGACCAAUGAGAAUAACAAUCUUUGACAUUGGUCCAGUAUUGAGCGAGAGCGCUGCAGCAGCGAAACAGACUAUAACGUAAUUCCCUGCAGGCAUCUGAGCACCAUCAAUUUACGUCCACUAAAAGUUCCUGUUUUUGCCACUGACAGGUUCAGAUUG